UGUAAAUUCUUUUCUCGAAGUUGUCCGUCUCCUCGGGCACAGUUCCUAUACUGAGGUCUAGAGGAGGGGCAUAGAGGGAGGAUCCAGUUCACACUGUUGAAAAGUCUUAAAGUGACGAAGGCUCCUGCAGGACUGUCUAUACCCCAUGGUACUAAAUUGGACCCCGGCAUCCUCUACGGACUACGAGAAAAGGAUUUACCGGAGAAAUCAACUGUUAAGGCAUUAAAACGGUUUACCUCCCCUGGGAUACUGGAUGCAGACAGGAAAUGAUCCUGAGAUCACGUAAAAUACCUGCCCGGCACCCAAAGGAACCCAGCACUCCAAAGAUUAGAUCAGAGAGUAGCAGUAACCCCCUGACCCCGCAAUCUACAAGCAAGGGACAGCGAAGGAUGCAGCCAAAAUCACAUUUUGUUUUCCCAAUAACCAUUGUGGAUGACGCCAUAACACCAUCUGGCAAAAAGCACACUCUCUCUCAGGUGCAGAACUCGCAACAUUAUCUUGAAGAGGAAGAUCUACAAGCCACACCUAGACAGCAUUCGGUGAGAGUCCGUUUUCAAUUGGACGAUUCUUCCCCUGAAAAUACCUCGGUUUCCAGCCCAGUUAUUUGCCUCUAUUCACCUCCCAUCAAUGGGUCAGCUUCAGAUGGCUGUAGUCCACCUAACCAUGCAGAACAUACUACGGAUAUUCCAGACUGCAAAUAUUUCAGCCACCUCCCAGAGGAUGAUGUUAAAGAGGAAUUCAAUCAAUACAAGUUUAUCUGCAAUGCCCAAGCCACUUCAUGUGAACUACGGCAGAGGAAGAAUGAGAUCCCAUUUAAAACUCGCAGCGCUCCAGAGAUGACUCUAGUGCUGGACUUGAGGUUCCGGUACUCUUGGGAAGAAGUAGACAAGACCUCAUAUGUCACAGGGAUCAACAAGAGACACUUGUCAUCACAUCUGAAACAGAAAGCAGAGGAAAUACUCACCUUUGUCAUGGAAAAGCUCCAGGAAGAUGUACUGAUUGUGAGCUCACUCCUUCCACAUCCUGAUACAGACUUCACAUUCCUAACUCCCUUUCAAGAUAAAUAUUAUAAGGUAUAUCUGAAGCUGCGGCCCCAUGUCAGGGAAUUCCUUGAGACACUCUGUAAAAUAUAUGAGAUAUUUGUCUUUACCACAGCAAAAAAGGAAUAUGCAGAGAAAAUAGUGGAUAUCUUGGACCCUCAGAAAAAGCUAAUAAGGCACCGGCUGUAUCAGGACCACUGUGUCUGUGUCGCAGGUCAUUAUGUGAAGGAUUUGCGUGUUCUAAAUAGAGAUCUGGCCAAAACUGUUGCACUUGACACCGUUGCUUACACAUUGCCCUACCAUUAUAUACUUUGUCAGAUUACCAAUAGAAUUCCUGUACAUCGGUGGACAGGCAGCAGAAGAGAUAAAGAACUGGUGUUUCUGUUGCCAGCUCUGGAGCAAAUGACCCAUGUGGACGAUGUACGGUUGCGGAUUUCAAGUAGAUUCCAUGUUAAUGAGCUGGUUGCAGAAUCCUGAAGACCUAUGUCUAUAAUCUAAUGAGGGUCUUGAUUAAUGAAGUCUUUGUAAUAUUCUGUCUGUCUGUUCUUUAUAAUGGAUUUUUAUGUCUACAUUUGAGUGUUGUCUUUGUUUUUAUCAAAUAAAAUCCAUAUAAUAUAGUAU